CACUCCCCUUGUCGCCUUCCGUCCUUCCUUGUUUGCGCCAAAGCGAUCAUGUUUAUGGCCUACUCAGCAGUAUGAACCGACUAGCCCAGCAACAUGUACUUCUGGAUAAAAAUCAUUGCUUAUCGCAAGCCAAUCAGAACGCUGGUUUACGUGAGAACAGAGGGAUUAAGUGCGGCAGUUGCUCUCGGCUGUAAACAUCCGGUCAGCCAUUUUGCGAAAUUGCGCAGGCAUGGCGGGCCGCUGUCAUUCUUUGCAGGUAGUUUUGCUGGUGUUUUGUAAGCUUUUGCCGUGCUUCGUGCGAAAAGAAGCCUGAAGAACAAGUGUACUGAGUACUACACAGACGUCACGUGCAUUAAAAUAGCUCUGGAUUAAGCGUGCGUGUGUGUUCCCAGUGUUGGUGCGAGUGGAAUCGGGCUUUCUACGUGAGAGACGACGGGCUAUGGCGACCCGUGCGACGACUUCUACGCAUACGUCUGCUCGGGCUGGCUGCAGCGGCCGUCCUUUGUCAGCGCCGACCACUCCCAGGUGGCGCUGUUGUCGGCGCAUGCGAGCUCCCUUCUCCGGAGCAUGGCGAAGAACCCCGUUGCGCUAGGCGCCCCCGCAAGGCCGGAGGUUUCACCACUUCGCGGAGGCGUAGUCAGUGGCACGGCGGCCUUGUCCAGCUCGGUGAUGAAGGCAGCCGUGCUCUACGACGAGUGCCUGGAAGCUUCCAUGGACUACCGCGCCGACGCCUUGGCCGCUUUUCUGAAGGACGUGGGUCUUGGAUUCGCCGAACGUGUCGAUCACCCGGUGACGAGGGCCCUCGAACUGGACUUGUACUACAACGUCAAAGCACUGUUCAACCUUCGACGUCACCCGACGUGGACGCGGCCGGACGGCCGUCCCGUGGUGUCCCUGAGCGCACGCCAGGACUUGCAACAGUGGCGUCACGACAGGGAUCACAUGAUCCACUACCAGACUUACGCCGCAUUUAUCCGGAGAUACGUUGUCGUCAUGCUUACUCACGUACGUGAACUGAAUGCAUUCCCACGUUCCGCAGCACCGAGACAGAUGCACAGGGAGAACUUUGGAAUGAUCUCAUACCAAUGGGAGAACGUGACGGACGCGAGCGCGAAGGGCUUCCGCAGCGUGGACAACAUCGUGCAACGUGUCGUGAGCGCGGAGGAGACCGUGCUCGCGCUUUCGUCGGCGAUGCCCGAAGAGGACCCGGACCGGUAUUACGCCAUCGUCGACCUUUCGCCGCAGAACGGCUCGUUUCUGUCGACGACUGCAUCGCCGGAAGCGGAUGUGAUUCGCGAGACGGCUGUCGGACAUCCUGCCAUGCUGGCGUACAAGGACUUCUUGGAAACCAGGAUGGCUGCACCGGAGCUGUCCGGCUACGUCACGUGGGAGGUUGUGCGACAGCUUGGUCCGUUGGCGGAUCAAAAGCUUUCGCACGGCACCGUGGAGGGCAAAUGCUUCGACGCCGUCUACCACUUGAUGCCUUACCCUAGCGUGCUGCCCUACCUGGAGCAACUGGAUUCGUCCAAGGGAUGGGAAGAGGCCGAUCUUGUGUACCGCGACGUCACCGAGACUCUCAUUCGCUUCAUGAGGCGGCGUGGCUUCGAGCUUCCGUACUCCAACGCCAGCUUCAGCCUGGACCUUCCCAAGGGGGGCCAGUUAGACGCCUUCUAUGGUGAACUCGCGCUGCACGAGUCAUCGCUAAAACAACAGCCUUUCCUUGAGACGUACGUGGCCACACUGUCCCGGAUCCGAAGCAAGGAGAUCUUCAGCAUCGCCCACGGAGACACCGUGUUUAGCUACCCUAUGCCGCCUCCGCAAAGCGGAAAAGCACAGGUCAGCAGAAACGGGAGAAGUCGCGUGCCGCUAACUUGGUUGCUACCGCCGCUGUUCGGCGCCGACAUGCCUCCCGCGCUGAACGACGGAGGGCUGGGCAUCAACCUAGCGGCGGCCCUGGCCAAGUCGUCCCAACUGGACCGCUCGUGGCUGGGCUGCCUCGCAAACCUCGAGCCGCGAGCUGACCUGCGCGGCCAGGACUUCGCCCUGGCUCGCCUCACGCUCGUCGCCGAGGUCGUGGAAGAGUUCGUCGACCUGCACUCCGAGCUGGCGAGGCCUCUGGUGUUGCCGGAUUUGGAGUCCAUGAGCGAGGACAAGCUCUUCUUCGUCGGCGCCUGCGUCGGGCUGUGCGCCAAGGGAGACCCCCAGGCGCCCUACAGGUGCAACGUGCCGGCAAGAAACCUGCCUCAUUUCGCGGCCACCUUCGAAUGUCCGGCGGGGUCGUACAUGAACCCCCAACAACGUUGCCCGUACCCCAACAAGACUCCGAGGGAACACUAAGAACGUUUAACUUAGAACUUGACCCUUACCUGUGUGUUGUAAUACUGCAAAUGCUACAAGUAUGUUCUUUUACGUCUGCUUAUUCCUAAUGUUUAUUUUGCAAGGACGCUUUAUCAAGGACGCGUAACUCCUAGGACGGCUCUGAACACGCCUCCCCCCUCCUCUUCCUAUUCCCCAUCAUAGGCCUUCGAGCCAUCCCUCAAUAAAUAUAUCUUGUCAUCAUCA